UCUCUCUUUCAAAUGGCUAAGAUCUAUCCUUCUGCAACCAUUGCUUCUUCUUCUUCUUCUUCUUCUUCAAAAAGAGAAACAUUUACAAUAUGGUGGAAAUCUCUUGUUGGACGAGGGAAUGGGCUCACAGUCUUCAACUCGAAUGGCGAUAUCGUUUAUCGCAUAGAUAACUACGACACCAAGCAUAGCAACAAAGCGUAUCUCAUGGAUGUUCAAGGCAAAGUUCUCUACGCCAUACGUCGAAAGAGAUUGCAGUUUUCGUCGAGUUGGAAUGGCUAUAGUUGUAAUGAUCCUUUGAUGAAGGAUCAAAAGCCAUGGUUUCGAGUCAAGAAGAUUAGAAAGCUUCUCGAGAGAGAUUCGGGUUUUCGAGUUAUCGUUGAAUGUAACGAAAUUGAAGAAAGGUUUUAUCGUGUUGAAAAUGAGAUCACAAAGAAGUUGGCUUUCAAGAUAAUAGAUGACAAAGAAGAAGUUGUUGCAGAAGCAAAGCGAAAGGAGAGCUCAUCAGGAGUAGUGCUUGGAGAGGAUGUGUUGAGUUUGGUGGUGCGGCCUCAUGUGGAUCAUUCCUUUGUCAUGGCUCUUGUGGCAGUGCACGGACUGAUUCAUAACAAAAUGUAAAAAGAUUUAACAAAUUAGGCAUUGUUGGCUUCAGUUUAAAGGCCUAAACAUAAAAGUUGUACAGAGUUUUGUCCCCAAAAUAUAUAUUUUUUUUC